UAUUUAAAACACACUUCCAACGCCCCAUUUUCUUUUCUUUCCCAUUUCUUUGCCGUACGAGCUACGAGAAAAUACAGUCAUGGCGACGGAGAAGGAGAUGGCCAGUAAAGCCCCGACUGCCGUAUCGAUUGCGGAAGCCUUCCUCGUCCACCUGAUCUGCGGCUUGGGGCUAGCCCUAGCUCUCUGGAUUGCUCGAUACAUCUACUCCACCGAUCUCAUCUCCAAUCCUUCUCAUACUCUCUUCUUGAUUUGGGCUCUUGAGUGUCCGAUUGUCAUCCUUCUUUACAGCCGCUACCGUCUGGACCGAGAACAAUGCUCGUACCUGAAAGCUGUUACGAGAGGCAUACUUGGACUCCCUGCUGGUGCUGUUAUUAAUGCUUUUGGAGCAAUAGUUCUAGGCGCUCCCGUUGGUGCUCAAUACUUCUCGAAGACCCUUAACUGGUCACUUGUGAUGUCAUUGUUCAAUAUCGUGCCUUCAGCAUGUGUCUUUGGUUCAUCAUGGAUGGACUGGCAGCGCCUAUUUGCUUACACAAAGCCCAAUGGAACUAUUGAUCAUAUGAUAUGCAUUCCAGCACAUGGGGCCAUUAUUGGAGCCUGGUUUGGCGCAUGGCCCAUGCCACUUGAUUGGGAAAGGCCUUGGCAGGAGUGGCCAAUAUGUGUGAGUUACGGGGCAGUAAUUGGGUACUCGACCUCAAUGGUAGCAUCCUUGGCUUUUUCACGUGUUCGAAGUGGCUUGCAGCACGUUAAAGGAGACUAACAACCAUGUAUUCUGGAGACUAACAACCAAGUAUCCUGUUUUAGUUAGAUUAUUAAUUUCCCCCCUCAAUUGUGGGGUUUCUUCAGGUUCAUCUUUUACAGCUAGGCAUAGAAUUGCACGAUACUCCUUUUUAAAAGUUCUCACUAUUUAUAUUCCUUUUUCUAUCUACACAUGAGCUGUUUCUCUGUAGCCUGUUGUAUAAUGCAUGAAAGAACUUUUUUCCUUGCUCCCACUGGGGAAGUUUACAUGUGAAUUGUCUCUCUAUAUGGUGCUAAAAAAUGCAGAUUCAUCUCCCUA